UUUUUCAACCAAAGGCGUGAGAAACGCACUGCUCCAAGAACGCUUGCUCAAGUGCGUGCCUACCUCCCCUCCAAAUCCCUCCAAGACAAUCCUUCCCAUUCACACUCCAAAGCCACAGCACCCACCUCUUCCUUCGCCUCCUUUUGGUCAUUUGGCAUCCAUCCCAACAUGCCCUUCGCCACCGCCACCGCCGCCACCGGCAAGCCCAAGAAGAUGGUGACCCCAUCCCAAUCCAGCCUAUGCACCACCCUCUUCUUCAUCGUCCUCUUCACCAUCCCUGCCCUCUUCCUCCUCCGCACCACCACCACCUCCUCCGCCUGUGCUGCCCUCUUCCCUAACGCCGCUGCCAGCUCCGCCCACGGCCCGAAGCCCUUCUCUGGCGAUCUCCGGGACGCCCGCUUCGCGUGGAACCAGCUCUCCUUCGACGGCCCGAGGGAUGCCAGCCGCCCCCCGCCGCUCCGCAUCGCCGUGUUCUCCCGGAAGUGGCCGGUCGGCACGACCCCCGGAGGUAUGGAGCGGCACGCCUACACCCUCCACACUGCCCUUGCGGCCCGUGGCCACCAAGUCCAUGUGUUCACGUCCCCCGUCGAGGGCACCGUCAAGGACAACAUGGGGGAGUCGCCGACUCCACCGCCGCGGUUGCAUUUCCACGAGGGCGAGCCGGGGAGGUGGAGGUACAACAAGGCGUGGGAGAUGUUUGUGGAGGAGAACCGGCGGGAGGCAUUCGACGUGGUGCACUCGGAGAGCGUGGCGCUCCCUCACUGGCUGGCCCGGGAUGUGCCAAACCUCGCCGUGUCGUGGCACGGGAUCGCGCUCGAGAGCCUGCAGUCGGACAUUUACCAGGACCUGGCGCUGAGGACGGACGGCGAGCCCAUCCCGCCGGACGUUAACAAGAACAUGCAAGGCGUGAUACCGAAGGUACUCAAUGAAAUCAGGUUCUUCCACAAAUACGCCCAUCACGUGGCGAUCAGCGAUAGCUGCGGCGAGAUGUUACGCGACGUGUACCAAAUCCCGACCAAGAGAGUCCAUGUCAUCCUCAACGGCGUCGACGAGGCCGACUUCAAGCAGAAUCUUGACUCGGGCCGUGAAUUCCGCUCCCGUAUGGGUAUCCCCAAGAACGCGACCGUCGUGCUCGGCGUCGCCGGUAGGCUUGUCAGGGACAAAGGCCACCCUCUCCUCCAUCGAGCAUUCUCCAUGAUCACCGAAAAGCACCCGAACGUGUACUUGGUCAUCGCGGGCUCCGGCCCAUGGGCCGGCCGCUACAAGGAAUUGGGCCCUAGGGUUUUGGUCCUGGGCUCGAUGAGCCCAUCUCAAUUAGGCCAUUUCUACAAUUCGAUCGAUGUGUUCGUGAACCCGACGCUAAGGCCGCAAGGGCUGGACCUGACGCUGAUGGAGGUGAUGAUGAGCGGGAAGCCGGUGAUGGCAUCGAGGUUUCCAAGCAUCAAAGGGACGAUCGUCGUGGACGACGAGUUAGGGUUUUUGUUCUCGCCCAACGUGGAGUCGCUCGUGGAGGUGAUGGAGACGGCGAUCGCGGAAGGUCCGAAGAGGUUGGCCGAGAGAGGUAGGGCUUGUAGAGAGUACGCGACUUCAAUGUUCACGGCGAGGAAGAUGGCUUUGGCGUACGAGAGGCUGUUUUUAUGUAUAAAGAACGAGACGUUUUGUAAGUACCCUUAGCUUUCAUGGCGUGUUUUCAUACACAAUGCCCAAUUCGAAUUUUCAGAAUUUCUUUCCCUUCUGUAGGGAGAUCAUACACAAUAAAUU